AUGAGAACGCAAAGUGAACCACCAGGAUCAUCGGUCGAUGGAGGAGGUGAGCAGCAAAGUCUUCCAUCUUCACCGGCGAGUUCCGCUUACAAAGGCGCUUGGUGUACCCCUCCAAGAAUCUUCAUGGACAACCCAGAUGAAAUCAUUCCACAUUUGGAGAAAGGACGCCUACCUUCAAUUGUUGAUCCAUACACAUUACCAGAAGGCAGCAAGAGAUUACCACCGGGUCAAGUGCGGAUCAGUGCAUGGAAUCUCGCAAACCUGGACUCUAAUGAGGCAAUGAAGGCAGCUGCUAAGCCCGAGCAUCUUCCUCCGUGCUCCGCCCAAUCAAAUCCCCUCGGCACCAGCCUUACGACACUGAUCAUCUCUCGGGCAGCAACUUCAGUGUCAAGAGCAGCCCCAUGA